ACAUCAUCGUGCAUUCACAGUUGCAUACCCAUUGGCGAUUAAAAAUUAAUUAUUCAAAUAUUGACCCUUUGUUUUAAUUCCACAAAUUUUCGUGUCAAAAUUGCUUAAAAUUACUCAGAAUAAUUGGACGAUGAGCGAACAUAUUAAGACAAAACAAAGAUGUAAAUUUGGAAACGACGCCAGUCAGUGACGUCAAAUUGUUCCUCCAUCUUCAUGCUUGUUUGAUGUUAAAAGCAGGGUUUUAAAAUUAGUUUCGUCAUGAAAUAAACCCAUUUAAACGUAACAUAGAUGCAUCCAAACACUCAAACUCUCACUGAACGGCGAAACUAAUAAAAUUUUUUUUUUAAUAUGGAAGGUGAACAAUUUUCGUUAUGCUGGAACAAUUUUCACAGUAACCUAAGCUCCGGCUUCCAUUCCCUGUUGAAAGAUGAGGACCUGGUUGACUGUACUUUGGCAGCCGAAGGCAAAUACCUCAAAGCCCACAAGACAGUGCUGUCUGUGUGUAGUCCCUUUUUCAAAGAACUGUUUAGGGUGAACCCAUGCAAGCACCCAAUAGUGAUUUUGCCCGACGUGAAUUACGCGGCGCUGUGUAGUUUAUUGCAUUUUAUGUAUCAGGGUGAAGUGAGUGUUAGUCAGGAGGAAAUACCCACUUUUAUGAGGGUGGCUGAAACGCUUAAAGUUAAAGGACUUACUGACAAUGGCAACUCUUCUGACACUAAUGGGUACACGAAUUCAAACAAUAAGCAUUCAUAUGGUAUGUCACAAAGGGAGUUGAUGAAACGUCCCAAACCAGUAAAGAAAAUCAUUAGACCAAUACAGCAAGUAAGGCCGGCAAGCAGUCCAAGCCCCAAUGCUAUAAAAUCACCUCAACAUCAACCUCAGUUGCCCCUUAAUCAACCUUCACCAUCACCAACACAACAGUCCACAUCAGGUCAACCGGCCGCCAAGAGGCCGCACCUGGAUGAAACGCCAAGUCGAUCGCCUGUCUCGACCCCCACGCCGGACCCGCCGCUCAUCAAGCCGAAGCAGGAGCCGGUGGAUCACAGCGACGACGCCCCGCCGUCCGAGGAGGAGACCAGCAUGGACGUGUCGCAUUUGCUGGACACGCAGCUGGGGGAGACGUCGGGCUGGCCCGCCAACCAGGAGGCCGCCAAGCAAAUGAUGCACGACACCUCGUCACCGGGUACCCUGCAGUGCAUCCUGGGCCGUCGCGGGAAUCCCCGCCUGAUCGUUGACGGCUACGUGUUCUACAAGAAGAGCGUGUACAAAGGCAAGGCGUUCUGGUACUGCAAGAACAGCAGGACGCCGGAGAAGUGCCAGGCGGUCUGCUGGACGAUGAACGGGAACAUCGUCAAGUGGCCGUACAUGCACACGCAUCCGGUCAUACCGGACGUGUUCAAUCCGGACGAGGACACCGAAGUGCCCAUUGAAAACUUGCAGGAGGUGCUCUGGCAGACCUCGCUCAGUUAAGGGGGCUGCGAAGCUCUCCGGUUCAUACGUAUUAAGUUACACAAGAAAUGAUUGGGCAUUUUAUGUGAUACUCUCUGAUUUCGAACAACUGUCUUCUUUGGUUCUAGUCAAAAUUAUACAUUUCCUUAACUAAUAUUUGAUAAACUUAUUUAUUGUGUGAUGUCAUUACGUAAGGUAAACCUAAAAAAUCGUUCGAGGCGAUUAAAUUAAUUUAUUAAGUCUGGUUUGGCAGUCUGGAGAACAUUUUCAAAUCAUUUUGUGUUUUUAGGUUAGGACUCCUGUCAGUCAAUCUUGUGUAACCUAAAAAUAUUGUUAUAGAUUGUUCCUUGUAAAUAUUCUCUUUAACAAUAGUGUUUAAUGGCUUUCAAAGAACAUAAAGAGGUGUGUAAAAGUUGAGGAAUAUCGAUAAGAAAAUUAAAUACAAAUAUUUAUUAUUUAAAGAUGAUUAUAUAUGUUCGACAAGUUCAGUUUUAAUUUUAUUUUAUGAUUUAAAGGCUGUGAAUUUGGCGAAAUUGAAUGAGCAGCUUCAAUUUGUGUAUUUAAUUUUGUUUAAUACAAUUUUAGUGGCUCUGACUUUUUGUGAGACUGUUUUUUAUCAUUAUGUACUGUAUUUAUAGGAUCUUUUUUCAAUAAAACCAUUUAUACUUAACA